GGUGAGUCGGUGUGUUGUGGACUCGUGGUGCUGGCUGCCGCUGUUGAGGCGGCCUGGAACGGGCUGUGGGGAGCGGGCGGAGCUGGCUCUGCUUCUGCCUGGUCAGCGCCGCAGGCGGCGCGGGCCGUGCCCGCUGCCGUCAACUGCUCCAACCGCCUGCUGAGGCCGAGGGAGACGUCGGGGCCUGCACCUGGAGAGAGCCUGCCGCGCUGGCCCGGAGGAGGGGGCGUUGCCAUGGCGACAGCCUCUCCGGCAGCUGACGGGGGGCGGGGGCGGCCCUGGGAAGGAGGGCUGGUCUCCUGGCCCCCUGCCCCUCCCCUUACGCUCCCUUGGACCUGGAUGGGCCCGAACUGGGGGCAACACCCUGGGCAUUGGGGCUUUCCAGCUCUCACAGACCCUUCAGCGUCUCCAGCUGCCAGUCUUGGCAUCUUCGAAGUAAGGAGAGUUUUAGAUGCCUCUGGAUGCUCAAUGCUAGCACCUUUACAGACUGGAGCAGCUCGAUUUUCUUCAUAUUUACUUUCAAGAGCAAGAAAAGUGCUGGGCUCCCACUUAUUUUCUCCCUGUGGCGUUCCGGAGUUCUGUUCCAUAUCUACCAGAAAGCUGGCGGCCCACGGCUUUGGCGCGUCAAUGGCGGCAAUGGUGCCCUUUCCUCCCCAGAGGUAUCACUACUUUUUAGUGCUGGACUUUGAGGCCACCUGCGACAAGCCACAGAUUCAUCCUCAGGAAAUCAUUGAGUUCCCCAUCCUGAAGUUAAAUGGCCGUACCAUGGAAAUUGAGUCUACCUUUCACAUGUAUGUCCAGCCUGUAGUCCACCCACAGCUUACCCCCUUCUGUACAGAGCUCACUGGGAUCAUUCAAGCCAUGGUGGAUGGCCAGCCAAGGCUGCAGCAAGUGCUGGAGAGGGUCGAUGAGUGGAUGGCGAAGGAAGGCCUCUUAGAUCCAAACGUCAAGUCAAUUUUUGUCACCUGCGGAGACUGGGACUUGAAAGUCAUGCUCCCAGGCCAGUGCCAUUAUUUAGGCCUGCCCGUGGCGGAUUACUUCAAGCAGUGGAUUAAUCUGAAAAAGUAGUGGGAUUAGAGGCAUCCACUACCACAUCUGGGAUCAGAGGCAUCCACUACCACAUCUGGGAUCAGAGGCAUCCACUACCACAUCUGGGAUCAGAGGCAUCCACUACCACAUCUGGGAUUAGAGGCAUCCACUACCACAUCUGGCACAACUAGUCUAUCAUUUGGAAAAAUAACAGAAACAAAUGCAAAAUUGGCAUUAUGCUAAAUUAUUUUUUAAUACAUCGAUUACAUUGGGACAAACUUGUUCUUUGAAACUGAGUAUUAUAGCAGUACCAACUGUGUAAUGGUGAUUGGUUGUCAAAGUUAGGGGUGAAAGAAACAGUCAUUAUGGCCUUAGAGUUUGAGUGAGCACCUUGGUAAAUUAGAAUGAAUUUUAUGUGCUAGUAGAAGGAGAAGCUUAAGAUUAAAAAAACAAAGAACUUUGGAGACAGAAGGCAGAGCAGUCCCGCUUUACUCUUAAACCAGUGCCCUCUUACAAGAAUGGUACUGACCCAUUUGUGUAGGCUGUUCCCAUGCCCUAGUGGUCUUUCAAAGGCCCCACCUCUCAGUACUGAUAGAGAAGCAGUUCAAUUUUAACAUGGACUUUGGGGAGGACAGGAGUUCAGUCAUUAGUAUCUGUGCUCCCCAUUAAAGUUCCACUGGCACAUGUGGCAGUGGAUCACUUGGAAUAUAUCUAAUAUGAUUGAGAGAUAAUUCUUAGUGUGUUUUAUUUUUAUUUUAAAUUAAAUUAUCAAUUUAAAUUAAAAAUUUCCUUGAGAAACUUUUAAGUAUGUUUAAAGCACUUGAUUUAGAGAUGCUACAUUUUAAACUGUUAAUAGUACACAGUCUACAACAUUGUUUCUGAUAAAGAUUUUGCUUCCUAGCUGAGAUGUGAUAAAACCAUUAAUUUACCCAUCAGACUUGGUCUGAAAAAGAGCCAAAUUAUCUCAUAAUUUUUAUACUGCUAUCAUGUUGAGGAUAAUAUUUGGAUAUAUUAAUUGAUUAAAUAAUAUUGUGUUUUACUUAAAACAGUUUUAAGCCUUUAUCAUUAUUAUUUUUUAUGUGUUUGGGUGUUUUGCCGUCAUGUAUGUAUACCAUGUAUUGCAGUACCAACAAAGGCCAGAAGAAGGCCUCAGACCUUGGUACUGGAAUUAUAGAUAGUUGUGAGCCACCAUUGGGCUACUGAGAAUCAAACCUGGGUCCCCUGGAAGAGCAACCAGUGCUCUUGGCCACUGAGCCACCUCUCCAUCUCCAACAUGUUUUAUCUUUUAAUGUGACCACUAUAAAACUUCGACUCUCUUAUAUAUUUGCAUUGUGUUUGUACUGAACAGACCUGGGCCAGAUACUUGGCUUCUGUGCUCCAUUGUCUAAUCCUCACAACCCUCCUGAACAUAGAGAGGUAAUGCUUUCACUCCAAUAUGUGGCAAAACUGGAAGUGAAGUUAGUUCCACCCAAGUCUUUAUGGUACAGAGACAGAGGGCCACCGAGGGUGGUAUCCCAGAGGCUGAGAUGGCUGUUUACAGCCCAGAGAGAGAUGAAUAAUUCCAAGGUGAGCAGAUGGACCCUGAUGACCUUGGUGAGAACGUGUGAGCACAAAGGAAGGAUGAGGAUAAAGCAAGUGGUUUGGGCAUAAGUAAGAAGGCAAGGAGGUAAGAGAAAUUUAAUGUUUUCAGAGCUGCGAUUCUGAAGAAAAGAACAGGUAAGAGAUGUGACAUGGCCAGUACAGGACUAAGAAGGAUUUGGGGUGGAAGGUGGCCAGCCAGGCUGAAAGUCAGGAAGGAAAGGGGUCAUUAGGGCUACCUCUGAAAAGGGGAGAGAAGACAGUAUAUCCUUCCCUACUUCAUCCUGACAGAAGAAAAAGAGAGAUGGGUGCAGAUCCAUGUCCACAGGCUUGCUGAUUUGAUGAGGGCAAGCUGAGGUCGUUUUCAUCUGGCUCAGGCUGCUUUCUAUUGCUGUGCUGAAGACCAUGGCUGCGGUAGUUUGAGUAAGAAUGACACCACCCCCCAGGCUCACAGAUUUGAAUAGUCAUCGGAAAGUGGCACUGUAUGAGAAGCACUAGGAGCUGUGGCCUUAUUGGAGGAAGUAUGUCACUAGGGCAGACUUUGACGUUUCAGAAGCUCAAGCCAGGCACAGUGCAUCUCUCUCUCUCUCUCUCUCUCUCUCUCUCUCUCUCUCUCUCUCUCUCUCUCUCUCAGUUUACAGGUCAGAGUGUAGCUUUUAGCUAGGUUUCUAGUACCACACUUGUCUGCCAUGUUCCCUACCAUAGUGAUGAUGAUUCACUAAGCCUGUGAAACUGUAAACAAGCCCCAAUUAAAAACUUUCUUUUAAAACUUAUUUUUGGUUAUUUAUAGUGUCUCUUCACAACAAUAGAACAGUGGCUAACAGUCAGAAGCAACUUGUAGAAGGAAAGGGUUUAUUUGGCUCACAUACUCUGGGUCACAAUCCAUUGAAGGACACGCAGGGGCAUAGAGGAACAUUGCUCACUGACAUGUUCGUGUUGUGUCCCUAUCCUUAUCUCCCCCCACCCCCGCCUUGUUCCAUCAGCCUUCUUCUACACUCCAGGACCACCUGCCAAGGGAUGGUACUGCCCCUGGUGAUCUGGGUCCUCCCAUAUCAAUCUUUAGUCAAGAAAAUGCCACACAGACUUGCCUACAGGCUAACCAUAUGGAGGCAAUUUCUCAAACCAGAUUCCCUUUCCCAAGUAUGUCUGAGUUUGUGUCAAGUUGACGAAACCAACCAGCACAACUUGUCAACUUAGUGCACAACUUGUCAACUUAGUGCACAAACGCAUACUUAUUAAACCAUAAUCCUCCCUUUCUGUUUAUCCCAAGAUCUCAUAUUAAUAUCAAUUUUCAUAAUAGAAAAUCUUUUUUAAAAGUUUCAGUCUUUAAAAAAUUUAAACACUUUAAUAAAAGUUCAGUCACUUUAAAAUAUCCACAAUUUCUUUAAAAGUCCAAAGUCUUUUUAACCGUGGGAUCCUAUAAAAUAUAAAGUAAGUUUAACACCUUUCUUAUUCCAAGAAGGACAAACCAGGGCACAAUCACAAUAAAAGCAAAACCAAGCUCCAAUAGUGUAAAAAACUCUGUAUCCAGUUAUUUGUAUCCAGGAUUCAUGAUCAUCUGGACUCUAGGGGGGCUCA